UGUCAAACAGUUUGCGUGGCUUGUUUAUGCUUCCACAAUUUCCAUACGUUAGAGCAUUUCCAAUGAUAAUAUCUGACAAAAAUCGCCUUCCCAUUAAGCUUCAUACAUGUGACAAAAAUCCCUCUGUCCAUUAAGGUUGCAGAGUCUGGCUUUAGACCUGCUAAUUGCAUUUGGUUUAAAGAUGAAAAUAUUUAAGACGAAUAUCGUGCAAUCAUGGCAUUUCAUGAGACCGCAUUUCUAUGGGUAUCCUGUGAAACAGUUCAGGUGCGUCGCCUAUGCUUCCACAUUAUGCAUACUUGUCUACGAGGGCAGUUGCAGUUACAAUAUGUGACAAAAUUCCUUUAUGUGGCGGAUGUCCAUAUCCCGUUCCAAAGCUCCCAUUUUGUCAUAGGCAGGGAGGAUGCUGGUAAAAAUUGCAGAGUCUGGAUUUACACCAACUAAUUACAUUCAUUGAAAGUGCAAAAAUCCUUUUGAACAGACACAGUUUGCAGCUCGGAUGUCCUGCAACUGUUGCAUUUAACGAGACCACAUUUAUUUGAGGUAUCCUGUAAAACAGUUCAAGUGCGUUGUCUAUGCUUCCAAAUUUUAGAUUCAUGUCUACCAGUGCAGUUCAAGCAGCAAUGGUGGACGUCCAUACCCUGUUCCAAAGCUCCCAUAUUGUCAGAGGCCUGGAGUAUGCGUGAAAAGCGUUAGCGUUGGGGACAAUAUAGAUACAGGCGGGAGAAAAGGGUUCAAAAAUAUUUAAAAUUUGAGCGGGAUUUACAGUGGACGGUAACGGUUAGUGGAAACGGCAAAGGGGACGGACUAGAGGGGGCCACACCAGCCACCUAAGCGGGUCAACGCUUAGAGUGUGCUGGUUAAGCCAGGCCGCCUGGAAGGCAAAUUUAGCCCAGAUUUCCAUUAAUUGGCCUCCCAUUGAAGAUUCACCAGUUUCUCUGCAGGCCAGACCUUGUGCCCUAUGCCCCGGCGGGCUUGUAAAUACUGUAAUUUUAAUUUCAUUAAAUUGAUUUGAGACUGAAAUUUCUCUUUCGGUCACACUUGCUUCGUUUCGCUGCCUUCAAAUCAAGAUGGAGGAGGGGCGGGAGACGCUUGGGGUGAAGCUCCGCAAUUUCGAGUUGAGAGAUGUGGACGAUUUCAUGGUUUGGGCGAGCGAUGAGGAGGUAACCAGACUCUGCAUGUGGGAGACAUAUAGAUCGAGGGAAGUAGCAGAGAACUACAUACAGAAAACAGCCAUGGUGCACCCCUGGUACAAGGCUAUCUGCGUUGGCGACAGGGCCGUGGGAGCUAUCUCCCUCGAUCGAAGCGCAGACACUACCUCCUGUAGGGCCGAGAUUGGAUAUGUGGUGGCGCGCAGGUGGUGGGGAAAAGGCGUUGCCUCCCAGGCCGUCCACUUGGCUCUGUCCACGGCCUUCGUUGACAUGCCAGGUUUGGAGCGCGUCGAAGGCCUGGUAGAACCCCACAAUUUGGCUUCUCAGAGAGUUUUAGAGAAGGCCGGGUUUGUCAAGGAAGGGCUGCUCAGGAAAUAUCGUAGGGCCAAGGGAAGAACUAGGGAUUUGUAUAUUUACAGGUUUCUUGACACCGAUUUGCGUCAGUCUACUUGAUAGCUGAGAUUAGCCGUAAAAUAGUGGUAAGUUUUAUUGCCCUAACUCGAACCCGGGAUCUCUUGUUUCUGGUCUUAAAGUUUUAUCUUACCAAAUGUAAAAAGAGUAAAUAUUCGUUGAAUUUUUAUUAGCAUGGAUAUUUUAAAUACAUCGAUUUAGAA